CACACACACACACACACACAUACCUGUCCCCUCCCCAUCCCCCGACAGGGGAAAACUUACUGUCUAUAAGAUACAAAUACGAAUUUUAUACCAUGUAUGUAUGUAUGUUGUAUGUACGUGCGUACUAAUGUACUAAGUGGGGUUUGUUGCACCCAACUUCAACUUGCACUUGCACUUGCACUUGCACCCAAAAACUUCACCCACAACCUACCCCCACUGCCACCCCCACCCCCACCAGCCACACGACCGUGGCAUGUCAACAAUCGUGUCUAGGCCAGACAUCCAGUGACUUGAAUGCGCCAUUUACUAAUUAAGUGUCAACUAAAUACGAUGUUAACCUUGAAUAUUGUAUGCUGCAUACAAGUGCAGAGAGGCACUGUAUAAAUACGUUCGUUUUGCAACACAGUGAGGAGUGGAAGUUUUAAUGUCUCGGCCUGAAUAUUAUUUUGUAGUUGACUCAGUGAUGUGAAUGAUAUCGUUUGUGAAUGAUACGCCAUCGGACUGCACUGGUCGCACAGGGAAGAAGCCAUUGUGUUCGCCCGAUCAUCUGUGUUGCUUUUCAAAACGGAGAAUAGAACAGAUGAACCACGUUUAGACACUGCCACAGCUAGUAUACUCAUUUCAAAGCCAGCACAACCCCUCUGCUGAUACAUUCGACAUGAAAGACUUCUUGAAUACAUUAAAUACAAUUCUAUACCGACAUGCUUCUACCGCAUGCUGAGUGACAAGUCGCGCCCUUACCGGGCCACUCUUAUACAUAUGUGCAUACUGCUUGCCCAUUGUUUGGUCCUAAGACGUAUAUUACUGCUUGCUAAAAAAGGCAUCGUGACAUUGUUGUUGUGUGUAACCCAAUUUCUGAGUCAACAUGACAUGUAAAAUGUAAAUUUUGAAACGUCAACGUCAGACGUCUCGAUUAUUUGCGGAAACAGAUUUCAGGCAAGGACUGGUGAAAGAGUGGUGAAAUUAUAUGUAUGGAUUACGACACCAGGUGUUCGCGAAAAGGGUAAGCAAUGGCAUGUUACAGACACGUAAUAGCAUGGGCCUCUCUGAUGCUGUGGCUCAACGCUGCGAUUGGUCAUGACAUCUGCGCGAGCACAUCGUUCUUCCUCCAUCCAAAUAACACAAUCUGCCCCAAUCGGGGCAAGGUGGACAUCUUCCAGAAGUUUGGGUUUCCGUCAGACGCUGUGCCCGUGGAUUUGUCCGGCUAUGUUCCCCGGCUGCUCCAUGAAGACUCGGUGGUCCACCACGUGGACAGCAACAAGGCUUUCGUGAAGGUUGGGAGCGGCCACGAGGGCGUUGUGUACAGAGCCGAGAUGAAGGAUUCCAGAACACCCAUCAUUGUCAAGACAUUGAGGAACAAGAACUUCCAUCAAAUCUUCCACGAGGCCCGGAUCCUAACGUAUCUAGAUGACGUCCCUUUCGUUCCAGAUGUAGUCGGACUUCUGCCAACUGGACCGAGUAUGUAUAAUUUGUCAAUAGUGUCAGAGUAUAUUAAAAAUAGUUCCACAAUUGGUGUGUGGUUCAACAACUCCCAUAAAGUCAGUGGCUGCCAGUGGUUGAACAUUUCCUAUCAAAUAGCAGGUGGGCUGAGACAUAUUAACGAAAGGUAUGUUCUCCAUAAUGAUCUUCACCAUAAAAACAUCCUCAUCCAGUGGAGAGGCUCGGAUCCAAAGGUUUAUUUCAUUGACUUCGGGGACUCUACAUUCCGUCAUGGCAGAGCCGUGAAGAACUUCAACCCAUAUGACAACAUACCUUAUCGGGCUUAUCUUCCGCCGGAAGUGUCCUACGACCAGUCGACACCAGCUAGUGAUAUAUAUAGUGCUGGACAAAACAUCAAAACUAUUGGGCGUCUGGCUAAAAAAGACAAGCUCAUUUACCUAGCAUCUGAGUGCAUGACAAAAGAUCCAGACUCCAGAAUAUCCGUACGAACCCUUGAGAAGGAUCUUCUCGAACUUCUACAGAAAUCAUGCCCUCUAUCUACCGAUAGCUUUAUGCACAGAGACUCACAUAGCCAUCAACCCUGUAGUGGGAAGCACCGUGGCUUUCACCAUCUACCAUUGCCUAUCUUGUUACUGAAGGACUUUACAAUAUAUAAAAGACCUAUGAUAUUCCAAGGUUGGCAUCUAGCAAAAUACAAUCCAACAAAAGAAACUGUGGUGAUUCGAACGUUUAAGACAGUAAGCUUUAGAUAUAUUCGUCAUUGUGCGAGAGUCAGCUUAUAUCUAAACGACACGAGUUAUGUCCCCUUGUUCAAGGGUGUUGUUUUCAUGGGAACUCAGUUGGCGGACAUGGCGCUGGUGCAGAAGGGUGUGAGCGACAGUGUCACGUUGUCGAACGUCGUCCACGACCAACGCGCUUUCAAUGAAGUCCAGAGAGUGAACUUGCUGAGGGAGGUAGCGAAAGCUCUCAAUGCCUUUAAUCAAAGACAUCUGGGGUGUUCUCGCUUGCAUACUGAUGACAUCCUCAUAACUUUUAUAAACAACAAACCCUCAAUCAAAUUUAUUAGUCUCGGUCGAAUGCACUACGGACGAAAUCCAAAAGUAAAGUACAAGCUAACCAGAAAACCGAGGUUGAUUAGAAGGAGCGCUCAUCGCAAAAGCAACCGAAUCCGAUUUUCAAGUAUAAUACAGCAAUUGCUUCCAGAAUUCUACGACCAAGUGAAUGAACAGAGUUUGGUUAAUGCUUCUUCUCGGAUAGCCAUGGACGUUAAUUCUGUCUCCGACUGGAUGUUUACAAGUAAUUAAACUUACUGAUCUCUUUAUA